GAAAACAUUUUAAUGUACAAACCCAAAAAUAUGAGUUAUUGCGUCAUCCCUAAAAAUGGCUGCACUUUUUGGAUCCGGGUCAUGAGGUACCUGAAUAAGGACACUGAAAAUAAAAAAAUCUCGAGUCCCUUCGAUAUUUCACGGUUUGAGGCCCAUGGCUGGCGUUACAAUCAAACAUUGUACAGACUUCAAAAUACAAAACAUAGGGACUUGAUUUUCAAAUCGACCCGGUUCCUCGUCAGUCGGGACCCUUAUUCCAAACUACUAUCCGGAUAUAUGGAUAAGUUAUUUCUUCCCAUGUAUUGGACCUUCCAAGGGAUUAAUAUGAUUAAGAAGGUCCGGAAAAAUCCCUCGGAUCUGAGUUUAAAAUGUGGACACGAUUUAAGUUUUCAGGAAUUUUUGGAUUUUUUAUUAACGGAAAAAGACGAUCCGACAAAAAUUGACGGUCAUUUUCGGCCAACUCAAUUCUACUGUAGUCCGUGUAUUUUUAAACCUCAUUUUGUCGCCAAGCAGGAAAGUUUCAAGAAAGACUCGGAGUAUAUUCUCGGCAAGUUCGGACUUUUGGACAUAGUG